UUGUGCUUUUCAUUCUGCGCUGACGCUGUGCUGUCAAAUUCGUGCAGAACGUACAGAAAGCACAAAAACGGGAAGUUAUGUUCAUAAAUUUCUUCAAUUUGCAAUAAGAUUUUUUUAAUUCCUGAGAAUCUGAUAUCGAAUUUACUCAUCCACAUGGAAUAUUUAUGAGUUAUUGGUGCUACCGUAAGCUAUUUGCGGGAUCUUGCAAAAAUAAUGUCCAAUGGUGAUGAUGUACUAGACAACUGGGAAGAAAUCGACGAGGCUGGGCUUGACAGCAAAUUAAACCAAAUUAACAAAAAUCGUAAGGAACCUAGUAACCAAGAUCAAGAGAAGAAACAAAACAUGAGCAAUUUGGCAAUGUCCUUCCAUAAUAGUAUUCCCAUGAUGAUGGUUAUGCAACAAACAGAGAAUGAAUACAAAUCAUCUAACUAUACAACGGAAGCGAUGCCGACUGUAAAAAUCCUUAGAAGACCCGUGCAACACAGCUCUGUUUCAAGCAGAAAUAAUGGUGUACGGCCUAAACAACCUAUUAAAACUCUUCAACAGCGCGAACAGGAAUAUGCAGAAGCAAGACUGAGGAUUUUAGGUUCUGCCAAAAAUCCUGAAGAUGAAGUGGAAACAUCUUCCCAUGGCGCAGUUGAGUUAUUGGAUACCGCCAUAUCACUACCAAACCCAGGGCAACAUUCUAAUUCUCCCAAAAGUUUUUCUGUGCAAGCUGAUGCUGGUGGUGUUAAAGACGAAUCCAACUACAUUGCCUCAACUUCGUCGAUGAUGGUUGGAUGUAUAAACAUGCGGCACAACCAGAAUGUCUUACGGAUGCCUAGAGGUCCAGAUGGGACGAGUGGAUUUCAGAUGCCGCGGUAGUGCCUUUAACAUCAAUGUGCGAUUUUAAUUUCUGUUUUUGAUUCUUUAUAUUAUAUUAGUAAUAUUAUAUUAUAUUUUAAUUUUAAUAUGUUCUAUACAAACAACUCUUCGCAUUAAAACUUUCAACAGAAUACUCGACUUUCUGUAACCUUAAA